AUGAGGUGGCUACUCUCCAGUGGGCUCCUCGCCCUCUUCGCAACAACGUCAACAUGCUGGCCGUACGACGAGUCUUUUCUUCAGUACAAUCUCAAUGAGAAUAAGACGGCGACAGAUCCUGCCGACUAUUGGGGAGAAUGGCCAAAUCACGAAGGGAGUUACCACCCUUCGCCGGAUAAUUGGCGAUUCCCAUUCUAUACACUCUUCUUGGACCGCUUCGUCAACGGCGAUCCUACUAAUGAUAAUAUCAACGGCACAUUGUUCGAGCACGAUUUGGAUUCGACUCAAAUGCGCCAUGGUGGUGACGUUGCUGGCUUGGUUGAUACUUUGGACUACCUGCAAGGAAUGGGAAUCAAGGGUCUCUAUCUCGCAGGAACCUCAUUGAUGAACCAGCCUUGGGGCUUCGACGGAUACUCGGCUCUUGAUACAACACUUCUUGAUAAACAUUAUGGUACCAUUCAGGUUUGGCGCGAUGCCAUCACCGAAAUUCACAAGAGGGGGAUGUAUGUUCUGUUCGACAACACCAUCGCCACUAUGGGUGAUCUCAUCGGAUUCGAUGGAUAUCUCAACACCACGACGCCCUUCUCAGAGAAGGAGCACAAGACAACCUGGAAGAGCGAGCGGCGCUACGUGGAUUUCAACAUUGGAAACACGUACAACGAGACCUGCGACUACCCUCGCUUCUGGUUUGAGAAUGGGUACCCUGUCAAUGAAUCUCAGAUCGCCGACCUUGUUGGUUGCUACGACAGCGACUUUGAUCAAUACGGUGACAUUGAAGCUUUCGGUGUGUUCCCAGAUUGGCAGCGUGAGCUUGCCAAGUUCGCAUCCGUGCAGGAUCGUCUGCGUGAAUGGCAUCCCAGUGUGCGCCAGCGCUUGAUCCGUCACUCUUGCAUGAUCAUCGCGUCUCUGGAUAUCGAUGGCUUCCGGUACGAUAAGGCCACACAGGCUACAGUUGAUGCCCUUGGAGACAUGUCUCUUGCGUACCGAGAGUGCGCCCGCGCCGUCGGAAAGGAGAACUUCUUCAUCGCCGGUGAGAUCACUGGUGGUAACACCUUUGGUUCGAUUUACCUGGGUCGCGGUCGUCAACCGAACCAGUACCCGAGCUCUACUACUGAGGCUAUGGCAAUGACCAACGAAUCCAGUUCCCAGUAUUUCCUGCGUGAGAUUGGCCAUGAGGCAAUCGACGGCGCAGCCUUCCACUACUCGACAUACCGUGGCCUCACUAGAUUCCUCGGCAUGGACGGUCAGCUUUCCGCCGGUUAUGAUGUGCCCAUUGACUGGGUUAAUGCAUGGAAUGAGAUGCUUACCUCGAACGAUCUCAUUAAUGCAAACACCGGUAAAUUCGAUCCUCGCCACAUGUUUGGAGCCACCAACCAGGAUGUUUUCCGUUGGCCUGCGAUCCAGUAUGGUGUUGAAAGACAGCUGCUUGGCUCCUUUGUGACCACUAUCUUGAUCCCUGGCAUCCCGCUCCUUCUCUGGGGUGAGGAGCAAGCCUUUUAUAUCUUGGAUGCUACAGCAUCCAACUAUAUCUAUGGUCGGCAAGCAAUGUCAUCUGCCACUGCCUGGAAAACACACGGAUGUUUCUCAUUGCAAUCCUCCCAAUACUACCAGUGGCCCAUUGAAGCUGCCAGCCAAGGUUGUAACGAUGAAGCUGCCACCUAUGAUCAUCGCGAUCCAUCUCACCCGGUUCGCAAUAUCAUGAAGCACAUGUACCAGCUCCGUGAGCAGUUCCCCGUUCUGAACGACGGAUAUACCCUGUCGAAUAUGUCCAAUCAGACUUGGGACGUGAUAUAUCCCGGUUCCAACGGGACAGCCACUGAAACUGGAAUGUGGUCUGUUCUUCGUGACCUGAACACUGAAGUCCAGGAUUUCGGCUCUGAUGCCAAAAACUCACCCGUCUGGCUCGUCUACCAGAAUGUCAAUCGCACCAUGGACUAUAAAUUUGAUUGCAAGAGUAACGAAUCUACUCUUCUGUCUCCCUUUGAUACGGGCACUCGAGUCAAGAAUCUGUUCUAUCCCCACGAUGAGAUUGAAUUGAUCGACGGACCGAGGAAGCUUGGCUUGAACGGAUCGAAGGAAUGGAACGGUUGCUAUCCCAACCUAACCCUCAAGGCGUAUGAGUUCCGGGCAUAUGUCCCCAUUUCUUUGUUCCAAAGCCCUCGGCCCAUGAUCACCAAGUUCACACCUGGUCAUGAUUUCCCUCUUAUGUCGACUGUGGCACCAAAUGAAGCCGAAGAUGUGUACAUUGAGCUUUACUUCUCCGAGGCUAUGGACUGUGACUCCAUCACGAACAAUUUGUCCUUGAACUCGUCGACCGAGAUCGGGAAAUCCCCCACUGUCAACACCAAGACAGUCAAUUGCACCACGGUUCCUCUUAACGAAACUUCUUACACCGGAGAAAUUCCAAGCGCCUGGAAGUGGUCCGCGAAUCUGACCGGAGUGUACAACGGAGUUCACAAACUGAGCGUGAACAACGUGACCAAUGCCAACAAUAAUGCGUCCACUAAUGCAAUUGACCACUUCCUGUUCCGCAUUGGCCAGUUUGACAAUCCCAUGGUUUUUACCUCUGCAAACUAUUCGAGCAGUCUGCUGCACCAGGAAGAUGGUAACAACACUCUUUUCAUCCAGCAUCACGCUGCCGGUGCCGACAAGUACCGGUACUCUACCAACUGGGGAACAACCUUCUCUGAUUGGAAGACCUACAAGGGUGGUAAUGACACGAUUGAUCGCCUGGCCUGGACUGGUACAAAGAAGCAAGAUUGGAAGGGUGACCAUGUGCGCGUCGAGUACUGGAGUCGCUGGACUGGUAGCAGCUCCUACGUGCAAGAAGGCGACACGAACUGGGCUCACACCACUCAACGGCGCUUCCCUCAUGCCUUCUUCAAUGGCCCAUACAACCAGUAUGGUUAUGAUGGCGGUCUUGACAAUGUGAUUGAGCUGGACUCGCUCGAUGGCUACUGGAAGUAUCAUUUUACCUACGAAUGGCCCGCCGUUGGACAGAUCAAUAUCUGGGGUGUCAACCCGGAUGGCAAGCCAGACCAAAGUUGGGUGCUUGGUGAUAUGGACAAUGAUAGUGUAUUGGAUCGGAUGCCUCCUUCGUCUCUUUCGAGCACGCUGAUCAACAUCACUGAACCUCCACCAAAGCCAUACCUCUCAUGGAAGCUCCAGAUCAACGACGGUACCCAGCACUUCCGUCUCCUGCCUGUUGGACACAGAUCCGUCCAGAUUGUCAUGUUCGUUCUCUUCUGGAUCGUUCCCGCCCUGACCGGUGCGGCCUGUGUCUACAUCUUCAUGGUGUCCUUCUACAAGGUCAAGUUCAAUGAAGUCGGUGUCAGCGAGAAGAGCAGUCUUUCCCCAAUGGUCUUCUUGAAGAAGCUUGCUCCCGGCCGCUCUGGUGAAAACUCCAUCAACCCUCUCAUGCGUGUCGCCAACAAGACUGGCUUCAUGCAAAGUACCACUGCAUUGGGCGCUGUCGGCGCUUCCGGUAAACGUCGCAUGGUUCUGAUUGCUACCAUGGAGUAUGAUAUCGAGGACUGGGGCAUCAAGAUUAAGAUCGGUGGUCUUGGUGUGAUGGCACAGCUGAUGGGCAAGACUUUGGGUCACCAGGAUCUCAUCUGGGUUGUUCCUUGCGUUGGCGGCGUUGACUAUCCCGUUGACCAAGAAGCAGAGCCCAUGGAGGUUACCAUCUUGGGCAGUGCCUUCCAGGUCAAGGUUCAAUACCACCGUCUUAACAACAUCACCUACGUGCUUCUUGACGCUCCUGUCUUCCGCCAGCAAUCGAAGACUGAACCGUACCCUGCUCGCAUGGACGAUCUGGACAGCGCUGUGUACUACUCGGCAUGGAACCAGUGUAUUGCCGAAGCUAUCAAGCGUUUCCCCAUCGACCUUUACCACAUCAACGAUUACCACGGAUCCGUCGCUCCUCUCUAUCUCCUCCCACAGACCAUUCCCGCCUGUCUAUCUCUCCACAAUGCCGAGUUCCAGGGUCUUUGGCCUAUGCGUACUCAAAAAGAGCGACGCGAAGUCUGCCAGGUUUUCAACUUGGACGAGGAUAUUGCUCGCAAGUAUGUGCAAUUCGGUGAAGUUUUCAACCUUCUCCACGCCGGUGCUAGCUACCUCCGUGUCAACCAGCAAGGCUUCGGUGCCGUUGGCGUCUCGAAGAAGUACGGUAAACGUUCUUAUGCCCGUUAUCCCAUCUUCUGGGGCCUGCGCAAGGUUGGCAAUCUGCCUAACCCAGAUCCUUCUGAUGUUGGCGAGUGGACCAAGCAGCCCGUCGCAGAGGCAACCGUUGAUCCCGAAUAUGAGGCUGGUCGUGCCGAGCUAAAGCGGCAGGCUCAAGAGUGGGCUGGACUCGAGCAGAACCCUGACGCUGACCUUCUCGUCUUUGUCGGUCGUUGGUCUAUGCAAAAGGGUGUCGAUCUCAUCGCUGACGCUAUGCCUGCGGUUCUAGAGGCGCGUCCCAACGUGCAACUCAUCUGUAUCGGUCCUGUGAUUGAUCUCUACGGUAAAUUCGCUGCGCUCAAACUCAGUCGCUGUAUGGAAAUCUACCCCGGACGUGUAUUCUCGAAGCCCGAGUUCACUGCUCUCCCACCGUUCAUCUUCUCUGGAGCCGAAUUCGCCCUCAUCCCGUCUCGUGAUGAGCCUUUCGGUCUCGUCGCAGUCGAGUUCGGUCGUAAGGGUGCAUUGGGUAUUGGAGCUCGUGUCGGUGGUUUGGGUCAAAUGCCAGGCUGGUGGUACAACGUGGAAUCGACUUCUACGUCCCAUCUGUUGAUGCAAUUCAAGCUUGCAAUCGAUGCUGCGCUCAACUCCAAGACUGAAACUCGUGCUAUGAUGCGUGCCAGAUCUGCUAAGCAGCGAUUCCCCGUGGCUCAGUGGGUAGAGGACCUUGAGAUCCUUCAGUCUACGGCCAUUGCUGUUCACGAGAAGGAAAUUUCCAAGGGUCAUGGGCGCCCUCUGACUUCGUCUGGCACCAACACUCCCAACGGUACAUUGCGAUCGCUCAACAUGGGUAUGACCCCGAUGAGCCCACUGCCUGCUCCUGGAAUGAAUGCAGCUUUGCAGCACUCCAGAGACAGCAGUUACUCGAGCUUCAACCAGGUUAGCGAUCUAGGCUCUCAGAGAAUCUACAGCCGUGAUAUCAGCCCCUCUGAGACUGAGCAGCCCAAGUCUGGUCUGAGCCGUUCUCUCUCGCUUGGUGUUCGCUCUGGUCCUGGUCAUCGCUCUCGUCGUGGCCGCCACGGUCAGACUGAGGGUGAUAUCCCGGAGUCUGGAGACAGCAGUGAUGCCGUGGACGAGACCGAUGAUGACGAGGAGCGAGCUCACAGUGUGUACGGUGACGACGAGUACACUCUCACUCCUGCUCAGCUUGAGGAAAGUCGACGGAUGCAGAGCACUCAGAGAGAUGUUGUCUCGUACUCUUCUCCCCUUUCUUCACCUCGCCGCCGCCCCAGUGAUGAGUCUUUGCAUCCCCGUUUCCUCUUGCCUCCAACCAGCCCUGGUACACCUCCUGCUUCGGAUUCGCUCCUUCUGCCCCCUCGACCUUUGGGCGAGAGCCACCGUUACAGUAAUGCAUCCGUUCUUUCCCUCGACUCCGUCGUGGGUAGCAAGAAGGAUUUCAAGCUGCAAAAGGUCGAUCCUUUCUUCACCGACGGAACCGGCGAGUACUACCACAACUUUGAGCAGAAGUUGCAGAGUCUCAAUGGCUCCAACUCCGAAGGUCAACUGUGCAUUGAAGAGUUCUUGGUUAAGAGCGAACAGGAGUGGUUCGACAGAUUCCGUGACGCCAAAUUGGGUCGUCACAAGUCUCCCACUCCCUCGAUCUUCCGUUCUAAGAAUAAUGCUUCGCCGGCUGCCGAGUCUUACAAUGACGGUCUUUCUCACAUCGCUCUGAGUGAUGAGCAUGAUUCUGACGAUGAUGAGUUCCUGCUGGGUAAGGAUUACGUUCCCCCCACUGGACUCAAGAAGUGGAUGCAGAUCAAGGUCGGAGACUGGCCAGUGUAUUCUAUUUUCCUCGCUCUGGGUCAGAUCAUCGCUGCAAACUCAUACCAGAUCACUCUUCUCACGGGUGAGGUGGGUGAGACUGCCGAGAAGCUCUACGGUAUCGCGACCACCUAUGCAGUGACCUCCGUUUGCUGGUGGAUGGUGUACCGGUACUUCAAGUCCGUCGUUUGUCUUUCCACUCCCUGGUUCUUCUACGGUCUCGCCUUCUUGUUGAUCGGCUCCGCUCAUUGGGUACCAAAUUCAUUCAACCGGGGAUGGCUACAGAAUGUCGGAAGCGGAUUCUAUGCCGCGGCGUCUUCUAGCGGAUCUAUCUUCUUUGCCUCCAACUUUGGUGAUGAGGGUGGUGCUCCUGUCGAGACAUGGAUCUUCCGCGCUUGCGUUAUCCAGGGUAUCCAACAGGCAUAUGUCAUUGCUCUCUGGUACUGGGGCUCGACUCUGAGCAAGGCUUCCAGCGAGGGUCUCUUGACCUCUGACAACACCAUCUCCAACACCUGGAAGAUGACCGCCAUCUGUUAUCCGAUUGCCUUCUUCCUCUGGGGUGUUGGUCUUCUCCUAGUCUUCGGUCUGCCCAACUACUACCGUCAAAAGCCUGGCAAGGUUCCAUCUUUCUACAAGUCCCUGUUCCGCCGAAAGAUUGUCCUUUGGAACUUUGUGGCCGUCAUCCUGCAGAACUUCUUCCUCAGUGCUCCAUACGGUCGCAACUGGAGCUUCCUGUGGAACUCCAGCCACACCCACGCAUGGCAGAUCGUCAUCCUCUGCAUUGUCUUCUUCGGUGCUGUCUGGUGUGUCUUCCUCUUCAUCAUCAGCAGAUUCUCCAAGAAGCACAGUUGGUUCCUUCCUGUGUUCGCUUGUGGUCUCGGCGCACCACGAUUCAUUCAAAUCUGGUGGGCUAUCUCCGGCAUUGGCUACUAUCUUCCCUGGGUCGGUGGAGGUUUCACCGGCGGAGCACUUGCUUCGCGUAGUCUUUGGUUGUGGUUGGGAGUCUUGGAUUCAAUUCAAGGCCUUGGCUUCGGUGUCAUUCUCUUGCAGACCCUGACACGAGUGCAUAUGUGCUUCGCCCUCAUUGCCUCUCAAGUGCUGGGCUCCAUUGCAACCAUCUGUGCCCGAGCCUUCGGUCCUAACAGCGUGGGCCCGGGACCUAUCUCUCCUGACAUGACAAAGGGUGCUCAUGCUUUGGCAAAUGCCUGGUUCUGGGUUGCCCUAUUCUGUCAACUCCUUGUCUGUGCUGGCUUCCUGCUCUUCUUCCGCAAAGAGCAACUUUCCAAGCCCUAA